UUUCAGAAAUGGAUUUGGUUAAAAUUCCUUCUUGGUGGGGCACUUGUGAACAGAGGCCUACAACCACUCAAUCACGAACAGUGAGGAACAACAGGACUAGAACAGGCCUAUUAGAGAUGAGGAGAAGCCAAAAUUUGCGAGAUUCUGUACUUCUACAAGAAAUACCAGGGCAAAUACCUCAUUAUGAGACUGUUUCCGCAGGUCUAAGACAGAACCCUGUUGAUACUGAAGAUCGACUUACCAUCGACGAUGCCUUUGAUGUAUACCAAGCCAAUGCUGAUCUUAAACGUAAUGAACAGAUUUCAGGAUAUGGUAAAGAAUACUCUACUCUUUCCGCACUCAAGAAAGGCAAACUCGCUAAGGAGCAAAGAGAUUUACAGCUCAAGAUGGAAGAAUUUGUGAGAAAUAAAUCUGAAGCUGAACUCAAACGAAUGCAAAUUCACACUAAUCUCGCUAAAAAGAAAGUCAAGCCAAAACCUAGAUACUCGAAAUCUCAGGCUGAGAUAAAGACCCAAGAGUCGGAUCCAAGGGGUCCGACUCUUCAGUACGUCAAGCAGCCUGAGAUCAAUUGUAGGUCAAAACUUUUUAAGCAAAGAAAGAAAUCUCUUUUGCAAGAUAUGCGGAAAUAUGAGAAAGAAGUUGUCAAUUAUAAAAAUUCCGAACAGAGGCUUCAAAGCCGUGAAAAUUGCUUCAUGAGACUUUCAGUAAGAGAUCCCAAAAUAGUCAUUAAUAAGAAAGAAGAAUUUGAGCCCAAUGUUAAAUACGGGAUUCAUAAUAAUCCGUUACCAAAUUUUCACAAGCAUGCUAAGAAAUGGUGGACUGCAAGGAAAGGAUACGAAGAGAAUCCGAAGGAAGUAUCCCAGCUCAAGCUUGCUCUUAAAAUUAAAAUGAAAAAUUCUAAAGAUAUCAUGUCCCUAGAUAACUGAGAAGAAAAUUUUGAGAACCCCAAAAUUCAUGUGAUGAUAAAAUAAAUCACAAGAGAUUCCUGAGAAGCCAAACAAUGUGUUUAAAAAGUUGACUAAGAAAAUUAAGAGAAAAGCCACUAAGAUGAGAUGGAGUAAUGGGAUUCUCUUGCAUGCAAAGAAAGAUAAGAGAGUGAUAGAGCAACAUCCUCCACAAGCCGAUCUAAGACCGCUAUUUUCUUCCUUCAAUCCUAAAGGAGUUUUCAACUCUCCUCCUAGUUCAAAGGAGGCUUUGAUGAGACAGAAAGAGAGAGAACGAAAGGAAGAAAAAUUAAAGCAGAGAACUAAUCCAAGUCAGGCUUAUGAAAAUGAGGCUACCUCUGCUCAAGCCAUGGGUCAAGAGAGAGCAACUUUCUUCAAAAGAGUCCAGACAGCAUAUGGAAAGCGGGAUGAGAGAAUGCUUUCUCAUGAAAAUCAACAGGAUAUAGUGCCGACUAAAGCUUCAACUGUUUCUCAAGAGAGAGGUUCUCCCAGAAAGCAUGAGUCUACUAAGGAUUGGUUCAAAGACCAAGAUCCCGCAGAGAAUGCUCAAUGGACUAUCAGGUCUACUAGUAGAGUUGGUUUCAGAACAACAGCAUUUCCUAUGAAGACUGAAUAAUCAGCAAGCACUGAUUCAGGCUAAUAAGUAGAAGAAGAUCAAGCUUUGGAUCAU